CAUGUAGUGUAACAAGACAAAUAGAAUUGACUGAUAUAUAUAUAUAUAUAAUCAAUUUUAUUAAAAUCAUAAUAAUCUAUUUCGUUGUUAUGGCAGUGGCCCAGAUACCAUCUUCUGAAAGCAUUUAACCCAUCUGUCAGGAUCUGCCACACUUUUGAAAUCUUCAUUGUUCUGAAUACUUUGCACCAAGAUCUUUUGGUUGCAGAGCUGCUGAAAACAUUUUACAUCCAACAGCACAUCUCAGUCUCAUGUAAUCACCGAAUGUCACUAAAUGAAAGUUAAUUAUUCAAAAACAGUGAAAUUAAUUACAAGAAACUGCCCGCUUCAGAAAACACACCACUUUUUAAACAAAGCAAGUUUCUUUCAUAAAAUGAACAGCUUUCUGCAGUCAUUUUUUAGUCUGCCCUUACUCUGUGUAUAGAGAAACGAUUCUAAAUCUUUAUUAUGAUGUGUUCUACAUCCACAGGCUUUGUACUCCAGGCUGUAUAUAGUUGUGAAGUAUAUGUAUUGGAUAUCUAGCACCAACUAAUUAUAUAAUUUAUAUAUCAAGACGUGGAAGGCGUGUUUAUUUCCAGAGCGAUUGAGUCCUCCAAAAGAAUCAUAAAUAUUCAUGUUUUCGCCAGAGAAUGCAACACACUUCGUAAGAAGGCCCAUGGUCUUUCAGGUUUUGAUAUCGUUUCAGAUUUUUCUUUUAAUGUGCCAUUCACAUCUGUCAGUUUUGAUUUAAUACCAUUAACAUAUGAAUAAUGGAUCACAACAGGAAAUAGUUCUAGUGAACCAUGAUUGCGGCCAUCUAUAGAAACACCUAAACCAAUUAUUUCAUUUAAAUCCUGAACUGCCAUAGCUACUGAAUUUGGAGCAAGCACGUUAUUUAUGAUGGCUUCGGUUUUUGUUCUUACACACGCUAACUUGGUUUAAUUUGGAAUUGCAGUCUGUAGGUCUAUACGAUAAGUGAUGUUUUAUAGUAUGACAUUACAAUGCUCCUUCAGUCAAGAUUACCCAUUCUUCUGUUAUUGAAUUUUGUGGCCUUUGGGGUAAGUUGACAACUGACAAUUUGUUUCUUGUGCUUGGCAAUCUUGAUAUGUCUUUACAAAUCUUUCACUGCUACAGACAUAAAAGCCGUUUGGCAUAUUAUACAUCUAUUUCAUCUUCGGUUCUCCCAGCUUUGAAGCAAGGACAUUUUGAUUGAAAUUCACCGUCAAAUUGGCGCUCACUCUUUGGCAUGUUAUCAGUGAAGCAUCAAGGAAAUCUGUGAUUAUCCUUGUACAUUAGGAACAUACAGACACAAAUGUGUCGAAAACUACAAAACCGCACUUACAAUUGCAUAAUAAAACUUUCAAUGCAUGUGAACGAACACAGCAAUUGGAUUCCCUUUUCCGCUAGGAAGUGCAGCUACUUAGCUUAUUACCAAAAAACGCUAGAAAACAUCUAUGAAUGCAAAAAUAAAUUCGUGGGGACAGUUGUCUCAUGGCAUCCGUAAUUAUAGCCAUCUUGUGACAGUUCAAUUCCAGUCUUGCCGCUUGCAACGAUUACGAUUUCAAAAACAAAUGGCGGACUGUAAUUGUUAGAUCACUCACCGCCGCUCCGAAGUAAGCUUUCUUGUACAUACAGUUGUUCUAAAAUAAGAUUUUGAAGAGCACAGUCUUCUGGGAUAUAACGUCCUAUAGUCCGUUAAAAGUCAACUGACGUUUCGGAGGAACAUAUCGCUGUCGUCAGGGUCGAAGAAUGAGCAGAUCCAUAUACUAUCGUGAAACCAGGAAGGAGUCCAGACCGGUCCAGACAUCGAGAAGGGCCCAUAUAAGGUAGACCUGUCCCGGAAAAAGAGUACAUCUAGUCACACUGUUUGUUGACAGUACUCUUUGCCAAGCACAGAGAACGACCGAGAGCGGCAGAGAAGAACAUAAAACGAACUGGCUGGGUUUUGUGCCAUGUUGAGGAUCCAGAACGUAUUGCAGGACAUAUGUACAGAAUGGGAAUUAUGACCUUUCUUCUAGAUGAUGAUAAGAGUUUUGACAAAGUCAGGUGCUUGAAGCUUGCUUUGGUGCAUGAUCUUGCUGAAUGCAUUGUGGGUGAUAUCACUCCAUGCUGUGGAGUAGCUCCAGAGGAGAAACAUCGGCGUGAAGAUAACGCAAUGCAGGAACUAGCACAACUGGCAGGAUCUUGUGGCACUGAACUCUAUUGUCUGUAUAAGGAAUAUGAAGAACAGAAGACACCAGAAGCAAAAUUAGUGAAAGAAUUGGACAGAUUUGAUAUGAUUCUUCAGGCGUUUGAAUAUGAAACAGUUGAAAGUAGACCACAUGGCCUUCAAGAAUUCUUUGACUCAACUGCUGUGUGUGUUGCCUUGAGUUUCCUCAGACGCAGUGUUCUGGAAAUUGAAUGUGCAUCCAGCACCACAUGUAAGGGAAGAAAGAUUCCAACUCAGUUGAGGCCAUUAAAGGAACGUGCUGUGGGACCAAUAAGUAUAAUCCCCGCUGCAGGGAUGAGAGCGCUGCAUACGUUUUUGCAGCCUGGCGGUCAGCCCCCAACCCUUCACGGGCAAGAAGUGCCAGCCUGAUUUCCUGUGUCAUGUUCACAUUGGACAGGCGUGCUGUGUGCUGCAGAAUUAUUGUGACUUUUCACUGAAAAUUAUGUAAUCAGCGAUGGGGCAUGAGCCUGUAGCUGACAAAGUUUAUUUGUAUUAAAAAUAUAUUUAUUACUCUCAUAUCAUUGUAGAAUAUAAUUUUAUCCAUUUUUCCCCCAUUAUUGUAACAGAUCUUUCAAUCAAAUGAGUUAUAUUUCAUUCUGUUUUAUUGUUGUCAAGUCUUGCAUUAAAAACUCCAGUUAGCAUUAA